AUGCCGAUUCGCCGAGCAGCAGCGACUCCAACCCAGGAGAAGCCCUUCUCGGCCACAGCAGAGAAAGGGCCCGAAGACACCCCCGCGGACUCUCCAUUGGGCGAAGAGGAGCAGCCCGUGUCCUCGGCCGAGGCUGGCAAGGGCGAGGCGAAGGGGGACGACACUGCCAUGCUGGCGGAGAACGGCGAAAAAGUGGACGAAGUAGCCGCCGACAAGUCGGACGACGGAACAGAGAAAAAAGAUUUAUCCGCAGAGAGUGAGAAAUGCAAGGACUGCGUGGCUGGCCAGUGCGCAACACACUGCUAUGUUCUGCUACUAAGGCUAAAGGAUGGCUACAAGUAUAAGAAGUCCAAAGUCAAGAAGGUCAAGCGGACCAUCCCGGUGUGGGCCAGCGUCACCGCCAGGAAGAAGCUUCCUGUCGCCAACUACGCCGGUACACACAACCGACUGGACCACCUGCUCAUCGAAGCCAUCACGUCUUAUGAUCACAGAGGUGGAGUUUCCUACCAGUCGGUCAUGAAGUACAUUGCCAAAAAAUGCCCAGACAUGGAGCUGGAUAAGAAGAAGUUUCACAUAAAGAAGGCGAUGAAGAAGCAGCUGGAAAAGGGCACCAUCAAGCAGCUGAAGGGCAAAGGACUGUCAGGAACUUUCACCAUCGGCAAACAGACUUCUGCGUCCAAAAAGGGCGUCUCGAAGCAGGAAGCUCUGGGAGACGCUCUGCCGCUCAUCAUUACACGUUUGUGCGAGCCCAAGGAGGCUUCAUACCUGCUCAUUAAGAAGUAUCUGGAGCAGCACUUUCCUAGCCUUAACAUAGAGAACAGGCCAGAAGUCCUGAAGUCAGCCCUGGUAAAGGCGGUGGAGCGAGGACAACUCGAGCAGAUCACUGGAAAAGGAGCUUGGGGAACCUUUCAGCUAAAGCGCACAGGCAACCAGGUACUGCUAAAAGGCGGCACCUUGGAGGAUGCCAUCUCGGCAGCCAUCACAGCCAUGAACGAGCCCAAAACGUGCAGCACCACCACGCUGCGCAAGUAUCUGGUGGAUUCCAACAAGGAUACCAAGGAGUACCAGCUUGUGGCCAAUCUGAGAAGGACCCUGACCAAGUGUAAAGUGCUUGGAUGGAUGGAGCAAAUUACUGGUCAUGGUUUUACAGGGACAUAUCGACUCUGUUUUCCGUUCUACCCAAGCCCAACCACUCUAUAUCCGGAUAAAUUCAACAAGGUGUCCACCAAGCCUUCCUCCAGGUCCAGGCGGAGAGCUUCCUCUGAUGAUGAGGAGUCUGAGGAGGAAGAGGAGGAGGAGGACGAAGAAGAUGAGGAGGAUGAGGAGUCUGAGGAAGAAGCUCCCGUCCGGAAGAGGUCCGGAAAGAGACCCCCGCCCAAGGCCCGCAACCCUCCCGCUGCUAAGAAGGCAGGCAGAGGACGCGCUGCGGCCAAAAGAUCACCCGCUAAGAAAGUGGCGGCCAAGAAGACCACAAAAUCAAAGGUGUCUGCUUCUAAAACCACCUCCCCUGUCAAGAGGCGAGGGGCGGCCAAGAGCCCAAAGACCCCCGCCGUCAAACGUCUGAACAGACGGGGCGCCAGGCGACCCGCCAUUCUCGAAGAAUCCGCUGACGAGGAUUCCCCGGCGGAGGAGCCCGAAUCCGACGAGGAGCCCGUCACCACCAAGAAGCGGGGUGCGGCCAAGAAGACCAAACCCGCCUCGCCAGCCAAAAAGUCUAAAGCUGUUUCGCCGGCCAAGCGGCCUGCCAAAAGGGGUGGAGCUAAGCGAUCCAAGCAGGAAGAGUCCGACCCCGAGGAGUCAGAACCGGAGCCUGAACCCAAGAAGUCAUCAGGCCGAGGCACAUCUAAGCGCUCGGCUGCUGAUGAAGGCGAUCAACCCCCCGUGAAGAAAGCAGCUCCUGCCGGCAAGCGGACCACCCGGAAGUCCAAAAGAGGGAAGAACUAA